AUGAAGGCAGCCACAGCUUAUUCUCAGUCUGCCGAGGACAAUGAUGCUGCUCCAUCAUGUUUUACCUCAUUGUCGUGCAACUUUGAUCACGACAUGUGCGGAUUUACGUCAACAACAGUGUCGGGGGCAGGUUAUUUCGCCCAUCUCGCCACAACCAACAUCCUGACCAAAGAUGGAGAUACAGCAGACCUCGACAGUCCUCCACUCUGCCACACUGGAACUUUCUGUCUCUCAUUUGAUUACUGGCUGGGGAAAGAGCCAGUCACAUUGGACAUACUGGUCCAAACAGGAGGCGGGACAUCUAAAGCCAUCUCAUGCCCAGGAACAACAAAAGGAAGUACAUCUAAAGCAACUACGCACAAGCCAUCGACUCACCAAAUAAAACAGAAAAUAACGCAGCACAUAAAAACUACAGCUGAACAAACGAAAAACAAACCUACAACCCCUAAACAAACUACACACAAACCUACUACCCCUGAACAAAUUACACACAAACCUACUACCCCCAAACCAACUUCUCACAAACUAACUACACACAAACCAACUACCCACAAAACAACUACACCUAAACCAACUACUAACAAACAAACUACACACAAACCAACAACUCGGAAAACAACGACACACAAACCAACAACUAACAAAGCAACUACACACAAACCAACUACCCAAAAAACAACCACACCUAAACCAACUACUUACAAACUAAAUUCACCUAAACCAACAACUCACAAAACAACGACACCCAAACCAAACACUCACAAACAAACUACCGCAAAACCAACCACUCACAAAGCAACUACACCUAAACCAACCACUCACAAACCAACUACAUACAAACCAUCUACGCACAAAACAACUACACCCAAACCAACCACUCACAAACCAACUACACACAAACCCACUACACCUAAACCAACCACUCACAAAACAACUACACCUAAACCAACCACUCACAAACCCUCUACACCUAAACCAACCACUCACAAACCAACUACACACAAACCAACUACGCACAAAACAACUACACCCAAACCAACCACUCACAAACCAACUACACACAAACCCACUACACCUAAACCAACCACUCACAAACCCACUACACCUAAACCAACCACUCACAAACAAACUAUACACAAACCCACUACACCUAAACCAAAAACUCACAAAACAACGACACUAAAACCAACCACUCACAAAACAACUACACCUAAACCAACCACUCACAAAGCAACUACACCUAAACCAACUACCCAAAAAACAACCACACCUAAACCAACUACUCACAAAACAACUACACCCAAACCAACCACUCAAAAAACAACUACACCCAAAUCAACCACUCACAAACCAACUAUACACAAAACAACUACACCUAAACCAAAAACUCACAAAACAACGACACCCAAACAAACAACUCACAAAACAACGACACCUAAACCAACCACUCACAAAGCAACUACACUAAAACCAACCACUCACAAAACAACUACACCAAAACCAAUCACUCACAAACAAACUACACCUAAACUAGCUACUCACAAAACAACUACACCUAAACCAACUACACCUAAACCAACUACACCUAAACCAGCCACGCACAAACCAACUACACACAAACCAACUACGCACAAAACAACUACACCUAAACCAACUACGCACAAACAAACUACACCUAAACCAACCACUCACAAAACAACUACACCUAAACCAACUACUCACAAACAAACUACACACAAACAAACAACUCACAAAACAACGACACCCAAACCAACAACUCACAAAGCAACUACACCUAAACCAACCACUCACAAAGCAACUACACCUAAACCAACUACGCACAAACAAACUACACCUAAACCAACUACUCACAAAACAAAUACACCUAAACCAACUACACCCAAACCAACUACACCUAAACCAACCACUCACAAAACAACGACACCCAAACCAAUCACUCACAAACAAACUACACACAAACCAACAACGCACAAAACAACUACACCUAAACCAAAAACUCACAAAACAACGACACCCAAACCAACCACUCACAAAACAACUACACCUAAACCAACUACACCUAAACCAACCACUCACAAAACAACGACACCUAAACCAAUCACUCACAAACAAACUACACCUAAACCAACUACUCACAAAACAACUACACCUAAACCAACUACACCUAAACCAACCACUCACAAACCAACUACACACAAACCAACUACGCACAAAACAACUACACCUAAACCAACUACACCCAAACAAACUACACACAAACAAACAACUCACAAAACAACGACACCCAAACCAACAACUCACAAAGCAACUACACUAAAACCAACCACUCACAAAACAACUACACCAAAACCAACCACUCACAAAACAACUACACAUAAACCAACUACUCACAAACAACCUACACACAAACAAACAACUCACAAAACAACGACACCCAAACCAACAACUCACAAAGCAACUACACUAAAACCAACCACUCACAAAACAACUACACCAAAACCAAUCACUCACAAACAAACUACACCUAAACUAGCUACUCACAAAACAACUACACCUAAACCAACUACACCUAAACCAACUACACCUAAACCAACCACGCACAAACCAACUACACACAAACCAACUACGCACAAAACAACUACACCUAAACCAACUACGCACAAACAAACUACACCUAAACCAACCACUCACAAAACAACUACACCAAAACCAACUACUAACAAACAAACUACACACAAACAAACAACUCACAAAACAACGACACCCAAACCAACAACUCACAAAGCAACUACACCUAAACCAACUACGCACAAACAAACUACACCUAAACCAACUACUCACAAAACAACUACACCUAAACCAACUACACCCAAACCAACUACACCUAAACCAACCACUCACAAAACAACGACACCCAAACCAAUCACUCACAAACAAACUACACAUAAACCAACAACGCACAAAACAACUACACCUAAACCAAAAACUCACAAAACAACGACACCCAAACCAACCACUCACAAAACAACUACACCUAAACCAACCACUCACAAAAAAACUACACACAAACAAACAACUCACAAAACAACGACACCCAAACCAACAACUCACAAACCAACUACACCUAAACCAACCACUCACAAACCAACUACGCACAAAACAACUACACCUAAACCAACAACUCACAAACCAACUACACCUAAACCAACCACUCACAAACCAACUACGCACAAAACAACUACACCCAAACCAACCACUCACAAACAAACUACACACAAACAAACAACUCACAAAACAACGACACCCAAACCAACAACUCACAAAACAACUACACCUAAACCAACCAUUCACAAAUCAACUACACCCAAACCAAUCACUCACAAACAAACUACACCUAAACCAACUACUCACAAAACAACUACACCUAAACCAACUACACCUAAACCAACUACACCUAAACCAACCACGCACAAACCAACUACACACAAACCAACUACGCACAAAACAACUACACCUAAACCAACUACGCACAAACAAACUACACCUAAACCAACCACUCACAAAACAACUACACCAAAACCAACUACUAACAAACAAACUACACACAAACAAACAACUCACAAAACAACGACACCCAAACCAACAACUCACAAAGCAACUACACCUAAACCAACUACGCACAAACAAACUACACCUAAACCAACUACUCACAAAACAACUACACCUAAACCAACUACACCCAAACCAACUACACCUAAACCAACCACUCACAAAACAACGACACCCAAACCAAUCACUCACAAACAAACUACACACAAACCAACAACGCACAAAACAACUACACCUAAACCAAAAACUCACAAAACAACGACACCCAAACCAACCACUCACAAAACAACUACACCUAAACCAACCACUCACAAAAAAACUACACACAAACAAACAACUCACAAAACAACGACACCCAAACCAACAACUCACAAACCAACUACACCUAAACCAACCACUCACAAACCAACUACGCACAAAACAACUACACCUAAACCAACAACUCACAAACCAACUACACCUAAACCAACCACUCACAAACCAACUACGCACAAAACAACUACACCCAAACCAACCACUCACAAACAAACUACACACAAACAAACAACUCACAAAACAACGACACCCAAACCAACAACUCACAAAACAACUACACCUAAACCAACCAUUCACAAAUCAACUACACCCAAACCAACUACGCACAAAACAACUACACCUAAACCAACUACUCACAAACAAACUACACACAAACAAACAACUCACAAAACAACGACACCCAAACCAACAACUCACAAAACAACGACACCCAAACCAACCACUCACAAACCAACCACACACAAACCAUCAACUCACAAAGCAGCUACACCUAAACCAACUACCCAAAAAACAACCACACCAAAACCAACUACUCACAAAACAACUACACACAAAACAACAACUCACAAAACAACUACACCCAAACUAACCAUUCACAAAACAACUACACCUAAACUAACUACUCACAAGACAACUACACCUAAGUCAACUACGCACAAAACAACUACUCACAAACCAACUACACCUAAACCAACUACACACAAAACAACUACUCAUAAACCAACUACACACAAAACAACUACAUACAAAACAACUACACCUAAACCAACCACUCACAAGACAACUACGACUAAACUAACUACACACAAACUAACUACACCUAAGCCAACUACUAACAAACAACCAACACCUACACCUACAAUUCACAAAACAACUAAAUCUAAACCAACCACUCACAAACAAACUUCACCCAAACCAACUGACCACGAAAUGACAACACCUAAACCAACUACAUCCAAACAAACUACAACUAAACCAACCACUCACAAAACAACUACACCUAAACCAACUACCCACAAACAAACUACAACUAAACCAACUACUCACAAAACAACGACACCCAAACCAACCACUCACAAACAAACUACAACUAAACCAACUACCCACAAACAAACUACAACUAAACCAACCACUCUCAAAACAACUACACCUAAACCAACUACACCCAAACAAUCUACAACUAAACCAACCACUCUCAAAACAACUACACCUAAACCAACUACACCCAAACAAACUACAACUAAACCAACCACUCUCAAAACAACUACACCUAAACCAACUACACCCAAACAAACUACAACUAAACCAACCACUCUCAAAACAACUACACCUAAACCAACUACACCCAAACAAACUACAACUAAACCAACCACUCUCAAAACAACUUCACCUAAACCAACUACACCCAAACAAACUACAACUAAACCAACCACUCACAAAACAACUACACCUAAACCAACUACACCCAAACAAACUACAACUAAACCAACCACUCUCAAAACAACUACACCUCAACCAACUACACCCAAACAAACUACAACUAAACCAACCACUCUCAAAACAACUACACCUAAACCAACUACACCCAAACAAACUACAACUAAACCAACCACUCUCAAAACAACUACACCUAAACCAACUACACCCAAACAAACUACAACUAAACCAACCACUAUCAAAACAACUACACUUAAACCAACUACACCCAAACAAACUACAACUAAACCAACCACUCUCAAAACAACUACACCUAAACCAACUACACCCAAACAAACUACAACUAAACCAACCACUCGCAAAACAACUACAACUAAACCAACUACUUACAAAGUAACUACACCUGAACCAACUACUCACAAACAAACUACACAUAAAUCAACUACAUCUACACCAUCUACAAGCACAGCAACUACAACUACAUCUACCCCAACUACAACUACACCAACUACAUCUUCACCAACUACAUCCAUGCCAACUCGACCUACUCCAACUUCACCUACUACAACUACACCAACUACAACUACACCAACUAAACCUACUACAACUGCACCAACUACCUCUACUCAAACUACAUCUGCACCAACUACAUCUACUACAAAUACACAAACUAUAACUACACCAACUACAUACACACUAACUACAGCUACACCAACUACAACUACUACAACAACACCUACAGUUACAUCUACAUCAAUUACAGCUAAACCAACUAUAUCCACGCCAACUACAUCUGCACCAACGACAACUACACCAACACCAACUACACCAACUACACCAACUACAUCCACAACAUCUACAACUACACCAACUACAACUACACCAACUACAUCUGCACCAACGACAACUACACCAACCGCAUCCACGCCAACUACAACUACAACAACUACAUCUACACCAACUACAUACACACCAACUACAACUACACCAACUACAUCUACACCAACUACAGCCACGCCAACUACAUCCACACCAACUACAACUACAUCUUCACCAACUAAAUCCACACCAACUACAACGACACCAACUACAACUACUACAACUACACCAACUACAACAACUACACCUGCACCAACUACACCUACACCAACUAUAUCUACUCUAACUACCUCUACUCCAACUACACCUACACCAACUACAACUACACCAACUACAACUACACCAACUACAUCUACUUCACCUACACAAACUUCAUCUACCCAAACUACAGCUACUAAAGCUACAGCUAUACCAACUACAUCUACACCAACUACAACUACACCAACUACAACUACACCAACUACAUCUACUUCAGCUACACCAACUUCAUCUACCCAAACUACAGCUACUAAAGCCACAGCUACACCAACUACAUCUACAUCUACACCAACUACAACUACACCAACUACAUCCACACCAACUACACCUACACCAACUACAUCCACACCAACUACAUCUACGCCAACUACAGCUACGCCAAGUGAAGCUAAAUCAACACUAACUGCACCUACAUCAUUUACAAUUACGCCAAACACAUCUACAUCAACUUCAUCUAUACCAGCUACAAGUUCGCCAACUACAACUACAUCUAUACCAACGUCCUUUACACCAACUACAUCUACACCAACAACUACAACCACAUCAACUACAUCUACACAAAGUACAGCGAAACGAGCAACACAAAAAACAACUAUACUUACACCAACUAUAACGAAAACAAUUUCACAUAAAAUAACAGCGCAGAAACCAAGCACACCUAAACCAUCUAAAUCUAACCAAACCACAGCAAAACCAACCACACACAAAAACACUACACCAACAACAACUACACAAAAAACAACUACACAGAAACAAACAACACCAAGACCAACAACUCCUACAUCCAGUCAAUCCACCAACAGUCCAUUUACGCAUUCAACGACUGAACACAAUGUGAACGCCGACCUCUUGGCUGGAAAGCACAGAGAUAUCAUCAUCGGUGUCACCGUCCCUCUCGUCGCCAUUUUGGUCAUCUUAGUCGCUAUCUUUUUAUACAAAAAACGUAUUCCGAAGAAGUCGACCUACAUCACUGACGACGAUGUGGCUGGGCGCUGGGUGGGCGUUGGCCGUGAAGACUACGCGGAGAAAUACAUAGAGCAGCCCAACGAAGCAUACAGCAUGGCAGUCUCAUCAAUGCACGAACACAUUAAUGACGAUGACUUUGAUGAUGUUCGGCUUUGAUCAAGAGAGGCACGGUCGAACAUUAUAUAGGGCAAAUGUUAUGUGUAUAGGUGUCAGGGUUUGUUAGGGAUAAGUAUUUUCAUACUAUUUACAUGUGAAUGUACACAUAUGACUGUUAUGGUUUUCAUAUUCGGGGAGGGGAUGGGUUAGCUUUGUGGUUAAAUGGUUCGCUCGCUGCGCCUAAGACCUGGUUUGGAUUACCCACAAUGGUACAAUGUGUAAAGCCCAUUUCAUGUGUACCCUGCCGUGACACUCACUCACUCACUCACUCACUCAAUCAAUCAC